AUCUUUUUUUUUUUGUCAUCAGAGCUGUGAAGUAUGGAGGAAAUCAAGAAUGCAGUUCAGAGUAUUCUUCCCAAUCUUCUUCCACAAGUACUGGAGGAAGCGUGUGAACACCUUAUAGGUUUAGGUGUUGAAACAGAAGAUGACCUAAAGUAUGUUAAGUCAUCUGAUCUUCCGAUGCUGAAGGACAUUCAAGUGCGGAAACUUAUUCAUAACUGGCAACAAGGGUCCACACCAUCUCAGACAUCACAAGAGACUGCUUUAUCAGACACAUCUAUAAUAUCUGAAUCGGUUUCACCACCUUCAACCUCAGAGGAAGAAAGAGAAAUAGCAGCAAAUUUACGGCCUGGUGUAAAUCCUGUUUGGGCAGAUGAAUUUGAAAUACCAUGGUCAAAAUUUUCAAAGAAAAAUCUAAUGACAUGUUUACAAAAGAGGUUAAGACCUAAACCAUCAGCAAGAAGAGAGAUGGUGAGAAUUCUAGUUGAUGAAAUAAGUAAGAUCUCUCAGAAGCCAGGUAAAAGGUCACUAGCAACAAUUGCACAAAAGAUUGUGAAGACAUAUCCUCAGUCUUUCCUAGAUGAGAUUGAAGGCACUCGUGUUGGUACUGGAUAUGAUUCCCUUCUGAAACAAUUGCAGUCACGGUUUGACAACAUAAAUAGAAAAUCUGACAGUAACUCAUUCAAAAGGAAAGGUAGAAACUCCCUUGUAAUGGAGGAGGAAGAUGCUGUGAGAGCUGGUCCAGUCACCAAAAUAUACUUGCAUGAUAAGUAUGGAUGCAUUAAUUAUAUGCCGAGUGAUUACCCAGAGGGGGAAUCAGAAACAACACAAGAAGAUAAGCAAAGCUUAUUAAAACAGAAAUACAAAGAAAAACUUCAUGAUGAAGUGGAAUAUCUGAUGAAGGAUACCUACUUUUCUCAAAGGCAAGACAUCAUACAAAGGAAAAUGGAUGUUCUUCAUUUAAAAAUAGAAUGGCCUUAUUUAUUUGAGGCAGCAGGAAUGUUCGUUCAUUUUAUGGAACUCACUGGCAUUAACAUAAGUGAAAAAGUAGAGUCUGCCAUUGCUAGUAAGGGAGCACGAAUUCUAAAAUGGAUAGAAGAAGAACCAAACAUGAAUAUAAGGAGAAUUCAACAGGAACUUGUGGAGGCUAAAUGCUCUGUUGAUAAUGGCAAUGCAGAGGUAGCAGCUAUGAUCUGUGCUGCUAUGUCUUACCUAAAUGAAAAAGAAGACUCUCUGUAUGUAUGUGUAAAGCCAACUGCAGCUAGACCUGAAUUGGAAAAGGACCUUCCCAAGACACCAUGUUUAAUAGGCUUUGGGGCAUCAAGGUUGACGGCAACCAGAUAUAUGUUGUCAAUUGAUGGUGUUGUUGUCACUGACCAUAUCGCAACAUUUACUACUGGGCUGGCUAUGCUGCUGGCCUCCUACUACAACUUCAAUAUAAUGUACCCUGUUGAUUCUGCAUCGACACUGGAGUUCAUUCAAAGAUGCUUUGUUGGCAUCAAUCCAGAGCGGGGCAGCAAGAUUGAAGUAAAGAAGCACUGCAAGAGACGCACCCAAGUCCAUCCCAGAGUUCUGUCCCUGAUUAAUGCUAUUGCUGAUGUAGAGUGGAGGUGCUAAAUCCACAAGGUGCUGUCAGCCAGUGGAGGGGAAGGAACUGGAAGGUGAUAGAAACUGAGCGCUACUCGACUGUAUCAAAGUACUCUCCAUGCCUGAUGAUGCACAGUGUAAUGAAAUGUCUACAAGUAAGGUUUUUUUUCUG